GCAGAGCAGCAGCAGCAGGAUGGUGGUUCCUGUGGUCCGACACCAGGGUGUGCGAAGCCUGUACCUCCCGUUGCGUCAGCCGUUCCACUGCUGUCCAAUCAGCUGCUCACCUUGUAGGGUGGCGGUCAGGGGCGGGGCCACAGCCGUUCUUGGGACCAUUCAGAUCCUGGUGGGCGUGUUCAACAUCGGACUGGGGCCGGGAAGGACGUGGCAACACCCCUUUUUUCUGGCCAGUCUGGGAGCAGCUUACUGGCUGGGUGCCGUGUUUGUCAGCGCAGGAAUCCUGUCCAUCUUGGCGGGGCAGUGCCCCUCCUGCUGCUUGGUGGGCCUGACGGUGUUCAUGAACAUCGCCAGCGCCAUCUUGUCCAUUGUGGCCAUCGUGCUGUACGCCGUUGACAUGGGAAAGCUUUCCCUCUACUUGUUCUGCGGCGUCCGGCCUUACUUCGAUAACUCCGCUUGUCAAGAUGUGGCCUAUUUUGCAAUGAGGUUGAUAAGAGGCAUGGACGUCACGCUGGUGGUGCUGGCUGCUCUCCAGCUGUGCGUCAGCAUCAGCAUGAGCGUUCUGGCCAUCAAGGCUUUGGUGCUUGGCUGCAGAAAGAAGCGUGAUGAAGAUGUUGAAGAAUUCCAGCCAGGAGUGAAGGCUUUUAUCCUGGACGCUCCCAGUCCGGAAGACAAAUAUUAGAAUAUGAAUGUAUGUAUACAUACCGCACGUACAGUACAAUACAUCCAAUUCAUGAAUCCUCAAAUGCCAGCUUACACUGCAACUUCUACAUGGCAGCAUGCUAACUUGGCCAGGGUAACUAGUGUUAGCAUUUUUCAUGACAAAAUA